AUGUCAUCGAAACCCGCAACCAAGGUGGGGGUCGGCCGGCCUGCCACAAAAGGCACGACACUGGGCUCAACUCCCAUGGCCAAGUCAGCCUCCUCUUCAUCCGCAGCGGGAGCCAAAUCAAAAGCAUCAGCUGCCACGUCCACAUCGACAGCGUCAUCAUCCACACACGGCACGAGCAACGGCAGCAGCCACCCGCUCCAGCCGUACCGCGAAAUUCUACUCGCCCGCUCAGACGGUGUGGGCUACUCGACGCAGCAGAUCAACGACGCCAGCCGCUCGGCACAGCCCGUCAGCGACGCCCUCGACGACAGCCACGAAUUUAUGCGAUCGUGGACUGUGAAGCUGGGCAAGGCCAUCAAGUACAACCUGGGAGGCGCCUCGUCGUCGUCGUCCGGCGCAGACCCCAACAACUACCUCGUGCGUUUCCCCUCGGGCUACUCGCUGCACGUGCGGCCCGGCAAGACCAAAGACCGCGACGGGCCUUUUGUGUUUGGCCAUCCACUCGGUCCCCUGGCCGCGUUUCGCAGCCCGGCCGAGCUGGCUCUGCAUUUGCUGUGGCUGCUCAGUGAUUCCAACGAGCGCGCCGACUGCUCGUGUCGGCUGUGUGUGCGAAUGGUGAGCGAAGCCGCGGCCUCGACGGCCGCCUCGACGGCUACCUCAACGGCUGCUUCUGCAGCGGCACCUGGUGCCGCAGCACCCCAACCCGCUAAACCGUCACCACGGCCGCCCACCGAAACCCCCGUCCCCGUCCCCGUCAUCCCGAUAGCGGCGUCGCCAGCUGUUGCUACGGGCCCGGCAACAACAGCGCCGGCCACGCCCGUUCCGCCACCGACCAUCGCACCCGCAGCGUCACUCGCAACUGCACCUGCAACUGCACCUGCACAGCCUGCCCGCUUGCCCGGUCCAGUGGGUGGCGGCUCCGGCCUCUUCCGCCCCUGGGAGCUGGUGUGGUACCAGCACUUUACGCAGCAGUCUCGCGGCGCCUGGCGUCUGGGCAUUGUACUGCAGCUCUUCCCGGCAGGCGAUGGCACAGAGCCCCCGCCGUCGGCCAUGCCCGGCCCUGCGGGCAAGGUGCGCGUGGCGCCGCUCGGCAUUCGCGGCCUCCACCCGCCGGAGCUGACUCUUGAAACGAGCGUGCUGCGCCCCUUUUUGUCUUUCAGCGUGCCGGGCAUGCGGGAGGGAUUGCAGGGUCUGUCCUACGAUCAGAUUGAUUGGCAGAAGCUGGCCUGGGAAGCUCAGCAGCAGCAGCAGCAGCAGCAGCAGCAGCCGCCACAGCCCGGCCACUACGACACGGCGAUUCUCGCACUGGAAGCCUCCAAGUCCGCGGCCAACCAGAUCAACGCGUGCUUCUCCCUGUUCAACCCCCUGCCCAGUGUCUCGCCGACUGAGCAGCCCUUUGGCGGCGUGUUUCUGGGCGCGGAGCAAAUCGUCAUUGGCGAUGCGCUGCGCGUCAGCGUGAAGCCCGUGGCCGGCGCACCAGCGGACAGCGGCAAGGUGUCCGUGGAGAUUAUGCGCGUGAACACGAUUGUUCAGAACAACGGCGACGUGCAUUUUAUCGGCGACGUCUACCGCCUGGCCGUGACCGGUCCCGGCCUGCCGCCGCCGCCGCCGCCGGUCUACGGCCCCACGGGCCACAUCCUUCCCACGGAGCCCGUGUUCGCCGAAGAACUGGCCGAGCGCAACAGCCACAGCCACAACCGCACGGCCCACGCGUCCAACGCGGGCCUGACGUGGUACUGGCAGCUCCGCGAGCGCCAGAGCCGCCGCAAUGAGAACGAGGUGCACGGCCGCUUCUACGCGUCGACGCGCCUGGCGGCCAACCUGCAAAACAGCGAAUUCCUGCAGCGCGUCGCACAGCAGCAGCCUACGGGUCCGGUGGCCGGCGACGAUUCUAGCAUGAUGGCGUCGGCACUGAACCGGCGGCAGCAGGUCGGCGGGUUUAUGUACCAGGGCGAGCGGGCCAACCGGGCGGCCACGAUUGGGCAGGCGAUCAGUGUGACGCUGCCGCCGGUCGCCGGUGUGACGGAACAGUAUUAA